AUGAAGCAAGGGUUUCACUGGCCACCAUUUCAUUCAGUUGCCCAUCUUCACCUUCACAUUAUUAGCCCCAAGGCACCCAUGUCAUGGCUCUCUCGCAUGAUUUUCAGGGAUUCCUCACCCUGUCAAACGGAGAGAUAUGGAAAGUUAAAACUUGGCAUGAAUGUGACCACUGAGAGACUGAGUUGA